UUCCAUGGGCGAUUUUUAAGAAAUUUGUAUUUUUGCUUGAAUCUUUUUACUCAUCUAAAACGUUUAAUCGGUAAUGCUUGUUAAGCAGAGCAUACCAUUGUCUUUGUAACUUCUACAGUUUCUUGAUAAAUCAACAAUAUUUUUGUUGACACAAUGGAGACUAUGCAGAUAUACUAUGCAGAAAUUCUGCCGAGAAUCUGUAGAUUUUCGGAAGAAUUUCUGCAGAAAAUCUACAGAUUUUCUAGGCAGAAAUUCUGCCGAAAAUCUAUAGAAUUUCUCUAAAUGUACUAGAAUAUACCGUUACAAUUCAAAAAACCUCCGAGUACAAUCGGACGAGAAACUGAUAAACAAAAUCAGUAAAAGGUCUUGCAUCUAACCUUAGAAAAUCCAACAAAGUCUGAUUUGGUGUAUUUUUUGUCUGUAUAAACGACAGGGACGAAAAUAGCCCAAAAUUUUAAGCAAUUUUUCUGACAAUACCAAUCAAUGACUGAUAUUUUUCACUCUAAUGAAAAAUAUUAUGUUUGAGUAUUGUAGUUUCUUUUAUUAAAACGAUUUUGUUUAAAAAAAAUUGGAAGUAUAAAAAAUAAUUAAAAUAAUUUUUAAAUUUGAGAAUUUAGAAAUUCGCCAUUUUUAAGCUUAAAUAUUUACUAAUAUAGUAAACAUCUGGAAACUUGCAAAAAAUAUCCUACAUUCUUUCAACCUUCUACUUUGGAAUUACUACAAACAUAAGAAAAAAAAAUAACUUAGGAAGUCGGGAAAAAAUAUUUUCUUUAUGGGACACCGGUGUUCCAAUUGUCCUUAAAGGGUUAAGCUAUGGCAUUUAGUCAAUCUGAGAACUCGAAGGAACUAAAAUAUUUUUAAAUUCCUUUUAAUAGGGGAGAAAUCUUUCAAGUUUCGAACAUACUCUGGCUUCGAACACUUCUAUUUUCCCAUAUUCCUUUAAUGAAUCUGACUGAAUUUUUCAGGACUUUUUUUUACAAUUCAUUAAAUAUGGGAAAAAUAUAGUGUUCGAAGGCAGAGUGUGUGCGAAGCCUGAAAGUCUUCCCCUAGAAAAUAGUGGCUAAAUUUAAUUCAAGUAAUAAUCCUUUUCUUUUUACCUAAGAUUCUUUUAAUUAAAAAAAAAUGAAAUAAAAAAGAGACACUUUUCUGAUCAAUUUAUCAUUUGUAAAUCCUGAAGCCCAAGGAAAAGUUGAUAAGGAAAUAACGCCCACUAUCACAAGAGGAUGCUCUUGUAAUUUUUCCACCGACCAGCUGUGGCAUUUUCUUUAUCUCCAGUGUUCAGCUCUGGCAUCCGUCGAUUACGUCAUUCAAUAAUUCACCCUAUCUCCUCUUCUGGACAUGCGCCCACCGCCAGUCGCCAUAAUUUCUCCAUUUACGCUGAGAGUGAAAACUUAUUGGCAUUUUCCACGCUAAGAGCUAAAUUAUCAUUUUUCUUGGCAUCUGGCAUUGGCAGCAACGUAACCAGGUGCCUGUCCAGAGAGUUCCGUGUGCGGAAUGUCCAGCAGAGGCUACUGAAGGGAUGUUUUUUGCCUCGAGAAGUCAGUCGUGAAGGUGCAUUGUGGACUUUUUUCUGGAUGGGAAAAUUCCCUUUUUUUUGGGUGGGAUGAAAAGGGUCUGAUUAUCGAGUGAUUUCUUGGUCAGGGUGUGAUGAAAAUGGCCGGUGACUUUACUGUGGGAUGCACAGCAAGGAAGAAGACAAAGUCGCGAUCGGCCGAGAAGAGGGGCAGUGCGGGCAAUGAGGGCCUAUCUGGGAUACAGCAGCAGCAGAAUAAGAGUGGCGGCCUGCGCGUCUACAAAAUCGUCAUGCUGGGCGAUGGAGGUGUUGGGAAGUCCGCCGUGACUCUUCAGUUCGUCACACGGAGUUUCUUGGAGUUUCAUGAUCCAACCAUUGAGGAUUCCUACCAGCAGCAGGCUGUUAUCGAUGGUGAAGCAGCAUUGCUGGAUAUCCUAGAUACAGCUGGCCAGGUUGAAUUUACAGCAAUGCGUGAUCAGUACAUGAGAUGCGGAGAAGGAUUCAUCAUCUGCUACUCUGUUACUGAUCGUCAUAGCUUUCAGGAAGCAUCUGAAUAUAGGAAGCUCAUCACUCGAGUACGUCUCACCGAAGACAUUCCUCUCGUGCUCAUUGCCAACAAACUAGAUCUCCAAUCCCAGCGAAGAGUAACCACGGAGGAAGGGAAGCAUCUGGCGUCUGAAUUUGGAUGUCCCUUCUAUGAAACUUCAGCUGCCCUGAGGCACUACAUCGACGAUGCUUUCUACACUCUGGUGCGAGAGAUUCGCAAGAAAGAGUCUCAGAGGAUGCUAAGCAAUGGCUCAAGCACCGAGAAGAUUUUCCAGAAGAGGAGCCGAUGGUGGCGCAUAAGGUCGAUUUUCGCAUUGGUUUUCCGUCGACGGAGGCAUCUCAACUAGAUUUUGGGCCAAGCACAAUGUAGCGCGCCCUAAAUCCCAACCGGCAAAAAGUAGACGUUCCUAGUCGUAAGUAUUGUUGAAUUUUUGUAUUUUCUACUGAAUAAUUUUCAUCUGUGAUUAUGCAUUUUCAUUUCCAAACUGAGGAUUUUUGUGUAAAAGAAAAAUGUAACAGUUGUGUAACAUAAUUAACCGCAAUUAGUCUUCCAUUUUAUAAUUUAAAGAUAUCCAUGUUUUUUAGAAAAGGAAAAAUAUUGAAACAGAAGAAUUAUUUUCAAUUCAAAAAUGCUCGCUUUAUUUUCUUUUGUUUUUUUUUCUUUGGUAAAGAAAGAAAUAAUAGUGUUUUACUUUUUUAUUGCAAGAAGAAAAAAAAUGGAUAAGAGACCACAAAGUCAUAAAGAAUAAAAAUAAAAUACAGCAAUAUAUUUCGUAGACUAGCUUGAAUGUUCGUAGCAACAAGAUACCUUGCAAAACUUCUUCGUGUGUCUCCUAAAUUUAAUACAGUCUCGUGCCAAAGAUAUUGGAGCAUUCCAAAGUUUCUGGGGAUUUUUUUUUCGGGAAAACUUUGUGUAAACCGAAGAUCUGAUGUAACAAAGAUUAUAGAAAGGGAAUGACACUAUUUCAGUGAAAAAUGAAAAAGAGAAAUCCUUCUCCUGAACAUUUUUGUUUAAUACAUGACUGUUCUCAAAGUGCUCCUACAUUAUCGAAUUUUCUUUGUAAUGGUUCUUGUCACGACUGUUUGGUGUUUUUAGAACACGACGAGGACUCGGGAAAAUAGUCAUCACAGGAACCAACACAAACAAAAAUCGAUUAUGCAGAAACACAAGAACAGUCGUGUACUAAAAAAAAUGUUCAGGAAAAAGACUUUCCCUUUUCGUUUUUUCAGCACUUUACUGUUCUAAAUUCUUCAGUAUUAUCGACUUUUCUUUGUUUUGGUUCCUGUUUCGGCGGUUUCCACUAGUUUUCGCCGUGUUAUAAAAAAAUCACCAAACGGUCGUGACAGGAACCAUCACAAAGAAAAAUCGAUAAUGCAGAUGCACUUGAGAACAGUAAAGUGCUAAAAAAAUAAUUAUGAUAAUAACUAGAUAAUAAUUAUGAUUUUUACGAACUAACGAGAUCAAACGCAUCUCAAAUGUAUUUAGAUUUGUCCAAAGUAUGGCAAGGUUAAACAUUAUCUGGCAUUAUCCACAUGUAAUGAAAAAUUUAACUUCAAGGAAUAUUUUAAAGUACUGCGCUGUUUGAUUGGUUCGAACUUUGAAUGCUUUCAAACAUUAGCCAAUCAGGGAAUAAGAUGAAACUAAAAUAUUUAAUGGGAUUUAAAUAUUUAAUUUUCAAUUAUUUAUUAUAAAUGCUUUAGUUUUCAAUCAUUUUUAACAUUUUCUUUUUAAUACGUAAAAAAAAUAGAAAAGAUUGUCGGUUACGUCGACCACUGUCGUGUCUCCAUUAUGAGCAUUUGCAUCAAAUCCAGAUGCAAAAUAAUUGCAGAUACGACAAUGGUCGAGUCAACAGACGACGAUACAUUUACCUAUCAAACUAAAUCAACAAAUCUCUCUAGAAAAUCUAAACUAAAAGAAUUUAUUAGGAGUUAAGCCUCCAUCGGUGGUUGCAAGAAAACGAAUAGAAUGAAGGAAUAAGGGAAAUUUAUAUAAUGAUUAUUCUAAUUUUUUUGGGAUAAUCGGAUAAAAACGUCCUUAAAAAAUCAACAGUGUUUUUUUUUUAGUAAGGAUUACAUUAUGUCUUUACGACAUUCUGCAUGAAAGGACUUUCCCUUACCUGCGACUGUUGAGCGUCCAAACAGCUUCCGGGAAUUCCAGGCAUGGUAAUUUCUUUGCUGUGCUGCUCCAUCCUUUUUUCUCUUCAUUUCUUUUUAACUCAGAGUCUAAAAAUGCCAUAAAUCCUCAUAUUCCAAGAAUAAAUUACUCUCAGUAAAAAAAAAAAA